AUGCUUGAUAUUCCUCCUGCUAUGCUCAAAAUGGACAUGCUAAGUCCCAGAAGCUGGCAAAAGGAGAAGGUUGUGAUGGUAAUGGGACCUACUGGAACUGGCAAGUCCCGGCUCUCUAUCGAACUUGCAACCCAAUUCCCGGCUGAAAUCAUAAACUCCGAUAAAAUGCAGAUUUACGAAGGACUUGACAUAGUCACCAACAAAGUUGCUGAAGAAGAGAAGUCUGGCGUCCCUCACCAUUUGUUAGGAAUUGCAAAUCCUAAUGCAGACUUUACAGUAACAAAUUUCUGUCACAUGGCUUCGUUUGCGGUUGAAUCAAUUUCGACUCGAGGCUUGGUUCCAAUCAUUGUUGGAGGUUCCAAUUCACACAACGAGGCCUUGAUGGAUGAUGAGGAUUUUAGAUUACGGUCCAAAUAUGAGUGUUGCUUCCUCUGGAUAGAUGUAUCAAUGCCUGUGCUACAUGACUUUGUUUCGAGGCGAGUCGAUCAAAUGGUCAAUAUGGGAAUGAUCGAUGAGGUGAGAAAUAUUUUCGAUCCCUACGCAGAUUAUUCUAUUGGGAUCAGGAGGUCGAUUGGAGUUCCAGAAUUCGAUAAGUACUUCAGAGCUGAAGCAUUUUUGGAUGAAGAAAAUCGUGCUAGACUACUUCAUGAAGCAAUAUGUGAUGUCAAAAAUAAUACAUGUAACUUAGUUUGUCGCCAAUGGGAAAAGAUUAAUCGGCUUAGGAAGAUCAAGGGGUGGAACCUUCACAGACUGGAUGCCACUGAAGUGUUCCGAAAUCAAGGAAAGGAAGCAGAGGAUGCCUGGGAAAUGCUUGUGGCCAGACCCAGCAAUGCUAUUGUGGGACAAUUCCUCUAUGGUGUUUCUGCCGAUAAGUUCCCUGUCCCUGCUCAUGUAGGAGCAACCAUAGAUGCCUGGGAAAUGCUUGUGGCCAGACCCAGCAAUGCCAUUGCUGGACAAUUGACAAUUCCUUAUGGUGUUUCGACCUAUAAGGUCCCUGUCCCUGUCCCUGCUCUUGUAGGAACAACUAUAGACCCUGCAAUGCCAUUGUGGGACAAUUCCUCUAUGGUGUUUCUGCCGACAAGGUCCCUGUCCCUGCUCAUGUAG